AUGUCGUCCACUCGCUCCAUGCUUGGCAACGAAGACGAUGCAAGCGUCUACAGUCGCUCACCCGACUGUCCCAAACUUGAAUUACCUUCUCAAGCACCAACCGUACCCCCGCCAGCUGGCUUUGAUCUUCCGGAUAUCAGUCCACUCGAUCACCAAAUUGCCUUGGCCGGUGGAUCCACAAUGGCGCUGGACACCACCCGCACCCGACUCCAAGCAGUCAAAUCGGCUCGGCGACGGUCGAUUCCCGAAACUAUGAAAGACAAGCGACAACAGUGGGAGCAGCAGGAGCGCGAGAAUCAAUUCUACGAACACUGCCUGCACAUUUUCCAGCAUCUGACCGCCGUGGCGAUCGACGUAUCACAGGAGCUGUCGCUACUUCAGUAUUUCGAGCCAGAAGUGAACCUGGCCGGCCAUCCUCGCAUUUGGGGAGCAGCCCAGAAGCUACGUGGCGCGCUACGGCAAGCACAGGAGCGUGAGGCAGUGGCGGAGUAUGAGUGGAAGAAGCAAUGGAAUAUGCCGCGUAUGGGGUUGCCUUCGUCCCGGUGGGUAUGAUGUGUACUAGGGGAUCAUGGGAUUCAGGUUUGUCGAGAAAUACCCAGCCUGGCCCGGGAUGUCACAAAAUAUAUUUUUCAUGUAAGAGAAUAAACGAGACAGGCGACAGACUACAGACGAACUCAAUCCCACGAACUUCCCAUCAAUGAGACUUCAAACUUUCCGUGAUUUCCUGCUCCAGCCCCAAGCGCUUGCGCGCAUAAUGCAUGUCCACAUCUGACACGCGCUUUUCUCGCUGUAGAUACAACAUCACGUCCU